AAGACAAGAAGAAGAGGACCUGUUUUGGCUGGACGGAGGUGAACAUGGCUGAUGUGUCGGAGAGGACGUUACAGGUCGCGAUAGUCGUCUCGUUUGCGGCUGGUUUUGUCGCCGGUUGGCAGGCAAACAGAAUGCGAAGAAAGUUCUUGGACUGGCGGAAAAAGCGGUUGCAGGAUAAACUCGCGGAAACACAGAAGAAGCUUGACCUGUCUUGACAGAUACAAGUUAUCACGUAACCGACCUGUGCCAUGUGGACUUCACGAGUAGAGUGAAUCAAUGAGGAUCAAGCUUUCAGUCUUUGGAUCAAGUCACUAUCUACAGCAAAUGAACACACCUGUCAAAGACUUUAAACAUUGAGAAAAAAUGUAUUUCUGACAUUAUAUGUUUAAUGUUUGUGCAAGCCAUAUCCAUAUUGUUACCACAUCAGUGCUUUCUUCUUGUUUGUCGAAGUCGAAAUAAACUGAAAUGUGUUAAUAACA